CCACCCGGUCGUUAUUUGAUGUUUCCCUGUCCAGAUUCCCCUUCCCUAACUACCGCCCGCCCGUGCGGUUGCCAGGGGAACGGAGUCCUUGGCGAAACAGUAAAGCAGCCGCGGGUUGUAGUGGUUGCGAAUUAGGCCUGCGGGCAAAAUGAUGCUCUCGCGGAUCAAGCCCGCCGUCGGGGGCGGCUCUCAGUCCUCUGACAAGCGCAAAAAGAAAGGCAAGCGAAUCCCGCAGCUGGAGGAGCUGCUGACCCAGCGGGACUUCACUGGGGCCAUCGCCCUACUGGAGUUUAAGCGUCAUGUUGGGGAACAAGAUGAAGAUGCGGACCUCUGGAUUGGAUAUUGUGCUUUUCAUCUGGGUGACUACAAGAGAGCACUGGAGGAAUAUGAAGAGCUGACAAAGCGAUCUGGCUGCAACCCUGAUGUUUGGGUGAAUCUAGCAUGCACUUACUUCUUCUUGGGAAUGUAUACACAAGCUGAACAAGCAGCCCUGAAAGCUCCCAAAAGUAGACUUCAGAAUCGCCUAUUGUUCCAUCUAGCACACAAGUUUGGUGAUGAGAAGAAAUUAAUGAGCUUUCACCAGAAUCUGCAAGACAUAACAGAAGAUCAGCUAAGCCUAGCAUCUAUCCACUAUAUGCGGUCUCAUUACCAAGAGGCUAUUGAUAUAUACAAACGUAUACUUCUUGAUAACAGGGAAUAUCUGGCUCUCAAUGUAUAUGUUGCCUUGUGCUACUACAAACUGGAUUAUUAUGAUGUUUCACAAGAGGUGCUAGCUGUUUACCUUCAGCAAGUUCCUGAUAGCACCAUUGCUCUUAACUUAAAGGCUUGUAAUCAUUUCCGACUCUACAAUGGGAAGGCUGCUGAGGCAGAGCUUAAGAGCUUGAUGGACAGUGCUUCAACAUCGUUUGAGUUUGCUAAGGAACUCAUUAAACACAAUUUGGUUGUAUUCCGAGGAGGGGAGGGGUCUCUCCAAGUGCUGCCUCCACUGGUUGAUGUCAUUCCUGAAGCCAGAUUGAAUUUAGUAAUCUACUACCUUCGGCAAGAUGAUGUGCAGGAAGCCUACAAUCUGAUUAAAGACCUGGAACCUACAACCCCACAGGAGUAUAUCCUAAAGGGAGUGGUGAAUGCCGUCCUUGGGCAGGAAAUGGGCUCAAGAGACCACUUGAAAAUUGCUCAGCAGUUCUUUCAGCUGGUAGGAGGAUCUGCCAGUGAAUGUGAUACAAUUCCUGGGAGACAGUGCAUGGCAUCUUGCUUCUUUCUGCUCAGGCAGUUUGAUGAUGUCCUUAUUUACCUUAACUCAGUGAAGAGUUACUUCUACAAUGAUGACACUUUUAACUUUAACUAUGCCCAAGCCAAAGCUGCUACUGGCAAUACUAGUGAGGCUGAGGAGGUGUUCCUCUUGAUUCAAAACGAGAAGAUAAAGAAUGAUUUUGUUUAUCUCAGCUGGCUAGCUCGCUGCUACAUUAUGAAUAAGAAACCACGACUAGCCUGGGAGCUGUAUCUGAAGAUGGAAACCUCAGGAGAGUCUUUCAGCCUUUUGCAACUAAUUGCAAAUGACUGCUACAAAAUGGGCCAGUUUUACUAUUCUGCAAAAGCCUUUGAUGUUCUGGAAAGACUGGAUCCUAACCCUGAAUACUGGGAAGGCAAAAGGGGUGCUUGUGUGGGGAUCUUCCAGAUGAUCAUAGCUGGCAGAGAACCCAAAGAUACCCUAAGGGAGGUGUUACAUCUCUUGAGGAGUACGGGUAACCCGCAGGUAGAGUACAUAGUUCGUAUAAUGAAGAAGUGGGCCAAGGAAAACAGAGUGCCCCUGUAAACCAACAUAAUAGAAGUAACUGCCAUCUGUGAUGUGCCUGACUGGAAUAUUUGUGGCAUUUUCUAGCCUAAUGCCAGCAUUAUGCAGACUGUAACAAUGCAAAAUAUUCAAAAUAGAUAUUUAUUUUUAUAUUGAUAAUUUUUUUAAAAAUUUAAACUGUAUGUACAGUUUUGCAUAUAUUUGUGGGAAGAAUAUGUGACUUUAGUUAUGCAACAUCUCCCAAGUUCCAUUUUAUUUUGUACUACAAUUGCUAGUUUUUAACUGUUCAUGCUAUCUUCAGUCCUCGGGUUGUUCCAGUUUUGUGUAUUCAACAAUACACUGUGUUGGUACUGUACAGAGACUGUUCAAGAACUGGCCUGUGCUACACACAGAUGGACUCUAGUCUCAUUGUAUCACUUUUCAAAGCAUAAUACAGAAUUAACUCAAUAAUACUCAGCAUUUCAUAUUAAUACUAUUGGGGCUUGUUUGUAUGUUAACACUAAGCCAAAUUAUGGCUUCACUCUGGAUAUUUCAGCAGCAAGACCAGAGGGAGGAGCAAAGGAGCUGUGAUUUUCACUCUGGGUACAUGCAUUAUUGUUCUUUCUCACUAAGUCAUAGCUUGGUUUAGCAUGGUUUGUGAUCUGGGCCCUGGUCAUUACAAACAAUAUAUUUCUGAAUUGUAACAAAACCCCAGCAUAUGAUAGGAUGUCUUUGACUUCAGAUGUACUUUUAAUUACUGAGGCCUCUUGCAUAUUGUGAAGCACCUUUUACAGAGAAUAGCUGAAUCAUAUGCCGUUCAUUUCUUUAUCUGGUUCCACAGGGAGGUUUUGUCAAUUGAUUUAAGAAAGAUUGUUAGCUCAUGCUAUCUACAAUUAACAUGCUAAACUGAAAGGUACAUACCUUUCCCUUCAAAUGCAUGCAAUUAGUUUGAGGGAUUAGGGGAAUUGCUUUCAGAUUUUACUCCUGAAAACAAGAUUGUGAAGACACACAAAAGAACAUACAUUGA